AUGGCUUUUUUGUCGAAGUUCUUGGGGGGCAAAUCCGGCGAAGCCCAGGCGGCUGAGGAGAUCUCAGAAAUAGUUCCUCUUUCACAGUGCCCCGCUACUUGUUCGGCCGCUGAGUGCUUCACAAGGUAUCCAAACAGUUACAAAGAUGACCCAGGCUCCAAAAACGAUCUCCUUUGGAAAUCAACUAAACCGUACUCUUUACACAUUAUCAUUCCAACGGGUAAGUCCGAUUGGAAGCGUGACGCCACUGAUGUUGAUGGCACGAUUUUAAAAUCAAUCUCUCAUUGGGCUUCAUCUACCAAGCUGGUUCCAAAAGCGGUUAAAGUCUCCACAUCAUCCAUACCCCAGUCUAAUGCCAAGGAUCCAAGAAUUGCCGAACAGACAGCUGGGGAUAUUUUAAUUCUUCCGUACUUUGUAUGGGUCAAGCAGUUGUGUAUGGAGGAUGUUGAUGCCGUAUUGGACGAGCUAGUGCCCAUUCUUUUUUCAAAUUUCUCUAUCGAAACUACCCAAGUGGAACCAAUAGAUAUUCCCGCCGAAAUCAAAGGUUAUGAGAUCGUUAAAGACACAAACAAGUCCUAUGUGUUCUUGUGCUCGCAUAAAACAAGGGAUAAACGUUGCGGAAUCACCGCACCUAUCAUUAAGAAGGAGAUGUGCAUUCACCUUCGUGAUCACGAUCUCUACAGAGAUCUCGGAGAUGAUAGACCAGGCGGAGUGCAAGUUCAUUUUAUCAAUCAUGUCGGAGGUCACAAGUAUGCAGCAAAUGUUCUCAUUUACUUGAAGUCUGGGGCUAAUAUCUGGUUGGCAAGAUGUAACCCCUUUAAUGUCAAACCUAUCAUAGAAGAAACCAUCCUAGGGGGCGGCAAAGUGUGGCCGGAGCAUGUGAGAUUGGUCCAGAAAUCUACAAAGCCUCUACAGUGGUAG